AUGUCCCUCCCCUACCCGACUCGCCAGCUCUACUACAACGGCCAGGUCCGUGCGGCCUCGUCCGGCAAGACUUUUCAGACCAUCAACCCCGCCACCGCAACCCCGCUGGCCGACAUCCAGAUCGCCGCGCACGCCGACAUCGACUCUGCCAUUGCGGCUGCCGACAAGGCUUUCCAGGGAUGGUCCAAUACCCCGCCCAUUGCUCGUGCCCGCAUCCUUCACAAGGCCGCUGCCCUCCUCCGCGAACGCAACGAUGAAAUUGCCAAGACCGAGACCCUCGACUCGGGCAAGGCCUUUACGGAGACGAGUACUGUCGACGUCGUGACCGGUGCCGAUGUCCUGGAAUACUAUGCCAACUUUAUUGGCGGUGGCGGCCUCAACGGAGAGACUACCCAGCUGCGCGAGGAUGCCUGGGUGUACACCAAGAAGGCGCCUUUGGGGGUAUGUGCCGGUAUUGGAGCUUGGAACUACCCUAUUCAGAUUGCCCUCUGGAAAUCAGCUGCUUGCCUUGCCGCCGGCAACACCAUGGUCUACAAGCCAAGUGAAUACACCCCGCUCCACGGACAGACCCUUGCGGAGAUUUACACAGAAGCUGGUCUGCCCGCCGGCGUAUUUAAUGUCAUCAACGGUGCUGGUGACGUGGGCGCGUACCUGACCAGCCAUCCGACCAUCGCCAAGGUCUCGUUCACUGGCCAGGUUGCCACAGGCAUGAAAGUGGCGGGGGCUGCGGCGGGCAGCAUGAAAUACGUGACCAUGGAGCUGGGCGGCAAGAGCCCGCUGAUCGUCUGCCCUGAUGCCGACCUGGAGAGUGCGGUUGACGGUGCCAUGAUGGCCAAUUUCUACUCCACGGGCCAGGUGUGCACCAACGGUACCCGGGUGUUUGUCCCUCGUUCGAUGAAGGCAGCUUUUGAGAAGCGCCUGCUCGAGAAGAUCCAGCAUGUGCGGCCGGGUCCGCUCUUUGAUGAGGCGACAAACUUUGGUCCCCUGAGCUCUGCUAUUCACUACGAGAAGGUGGUCUCGUAUAUCCGCCACGGAAUCGAUACUGACAAGGCUACCCUCCUCUGUGGUGGUCCCGAGAAACCGGCCGUGCCCAAGGACCUCCAGGCUGGAUUCUGGGUCCAGCCGACUGUUUUCACGGAUUGCAAUGACUCGAUGCGCAUUGUCCAGGAGGAGAUUUUUGGACCUGUCAUGUCGAUCCUGUACUACGACACUGUCGAGGAGGCUGUCAAACGCGCCAACACCACCGAGCUGGGUCUCGCUGCCGGCGUCUUCACCAAGGAUCUGAACCAGGCCCACCGGAUCAUCGACCAGCUCCAGGCCGGUAUCACCUGGGUGAACACGUGGGGCGAGAGUCCCGCCGAGAUGGCCGUGGGUGGAUGGAAGAAGAGCGGUCUGGGCGUGGAGAAUGGCCGCCGCGGCAUUGAGUCUUGGAUGCAGAACAAGAGCACCCUGGUCGAUAUGAGCGGUGCGGUGGCCUCGGUGUUUGCCAAGCUAUAA